CAUCAUUACAUCUGUCCUUCACCCCGCGCUCUUACUUGCCAUUAACCUCUGGCUUACUCAGCUAAACGCAAUCUUUUCAACCUGUGCCGCUAAAAUCCCCCUGAAAGGUUUGGUACUAUAAUCAAACAACAAUACCGAAAUCAUGACUUCCGCAAUCUUCACCUUACCUCCUACUAGGCGGACAUUGUCAGGAUCGUCGGACUCAGAUACCUCACCAUGGAGCUUACGCUCAGAGAUCGAAUCCGCUUUGAAAGGAACCGAUGUGCCUAUUAUCCCCGGCGUUCGGGAGGAGGACAACGAAUGGUCAUUCAAGAGAAGUGUACCUACUGUGGUGCUUUACGAUGAGACCGGCCUUCGACUCUACGACAAGAUUACCGCUGAAGCUCCCGAAUAUUACCUCUUCAAUGACGAGUUAAACCUUCUUAAAGUUCAUGGCAAAGAGAUCGCUCAAUGUAUGGGGUUCAGUCGCUCACAUAAGAACAACAAGGGACCUUUCCAUGGCACUGAAUAUCCCCCUGAAAAAAGAUGGAAGCCUGCUCGUUGGGGCGAUGAAGCCGUAGGCAAAUGGAACCACGGAGUCAACGGAGAAGAGGGUUUGGGCGGGGAUUGGCAAAGAGGCUGGGAUAUUGUUGAGCUCGGUGCUGGUGCUCUUCGCAAGACUGCACACCUUCUCACUGCAUUAACUUCUUCUCUUCCCGACCCUCCUUCCAACGCAUCUACUCUUCCCCCGCCUAUCACUUACCAUCCUCUUGACCUUUCCUACCCUGAGCUUAAUCGUGUUCUCGGCGAGAUGCAUGAGGCAAUUGGCGACAAGCUUGACGGUAAAGUCGCCUGUGUUGGCUUACACGGUGAUUAUGAAGCUGGUUUGCAGUUCAUUCGCGAUGGAAAGCUGGCCCAAAUGCGCAAAUCUUUCAAUAACAAGUCGGAAAGCUUUGCUGAAGAGCCGUUCGUCAACUCGACGGCUUCUUCCGUUCCUCAAGCGAUCCCGAUUGCCAAUCAGACUUACCAAGAGGGUAGUCCUACUUUGAGCCCCCUCUCCACUCAUUUGGUCACCCCUCGAGAUGCACCUUCUCCAUUGCCGGCCAUGUAUGAUCCCCGUAUCGUUCACGGGGGCUCCAGUCCAAGCAGUUAUUCCUCUGAGCCUUCCGAGGAGCACAUGCCUGUCUCGAAGGAAACUAGCCAUCCCCGAAGUGCUGCUCGAGAGGCUCCUGUUCCUGGCAUUGGUCCUGGUCCAACUCAAGCUGACCGUCCUUUGCACUUCAUCUUCCUUGGCUCAUCUUUGGGCAACUUUGAACGGCCUUCUGCAGCGCCAUUCCUCAAGUCUUUGCCUUUGCGAGCUGGCGAUACACUCCUCCUUGGCUUGGACGGUCGUCCGGCGUUGGGUAAAGAGGGGAGCAAGAAGGUUGAAGUUGCAUACAAUGAUCCGGCCGGACAUACCAAGAGAUUCGAAGAGCAUGGAUGGGACAUCGUUAAACAAGAGUUGGGGGCGAAAGGAAAUGCCGAGUUCGUAGGGCGCUAUAACGAAGAGCUUGGGAGGCAUGAGGCGUACUUCCGGUCAAAGGAGCGCCAGACUAUCCACCUUCCUACUUACGAUCAGGACAUUACUAUCGAGGAGGGUGAGCUUCUCAACAUAGAAUGGUCGUACAAGUACUCUAUAAAAGAGGCAAUGGACCUCUUUACUGCAGCUGAUCUGCGUGUCAUCAAUUCGUGGAAAGCACCCAACAGUGAAUACCGCCUUUGGCUUCUUGAAAGACCUUCAGUUAGAUUCAUCGCUCCUGCUUCCAACGAUAUUGCCAGCGACAGGCUUUCUGCAUUGAACAUGUUCAACAGCGCCAAUGGCGGCGAGUUGCUAAAGGUGAAAGGAUUACCCAAGUGGGAGGAGUGGAUUGCCCUUUGGAAGCUUUGGGAUCACAUUACACUUGAUAUGAUCCCCAAAGAGCUCUUGCAUCAGAAACCCAUUGAUUUGAGGCAUAUCUGUCUCUUUUACCUUGGUCACAUCCCCACUUUUCUUGACAUUCAUCUCACCCGUAUGACCACGGGUCGUCACACUGAGCCAGGGUAUUUCAAGGACAUCUUUGAGCGAGGAAUUGAUCCCGACGUUGACGAUCCUACGAAAUGUCAUGACCACUCUGAGGUACCCGCCUCUGAAGAGGAUUGGCCCAAUUUGACUCAAAUCCUCGACUUCCGAGAUCGCGUUCGUCAACGACUUCUGGGCAUCUAUUCUGAUUUGGCCUCUGGCAAGAUGCCGCUCAACAGGCGGGUAGGACGAGUUCUGUUCAUGGGCUUUGAGCAUGAAGCUAUGCACGCGGAGACACUGCUCUAUAUGCUCGCUCAGAGCCCCCUCACUAGGGCUCCCACUACCGUAAAGGAGCCGCAAUGGGAGUUGUUAAAGGAACAAUGGGCUGCGGCUAAGGCUGAGAAUAGGGUGCUCAUUGUAAAAGGUGGUGAAAUCUUGAUGGGCCAUGAUGAUGCUGAAAAGGAUGAUGAAAAAUGCCAGACUGGCGAAUCUUGGGCAGACCACGAGUUUGGAUGGGACAAUGAACAUCCUCGCGUCAGUCAGCAGGUCAAGACAUUCAAGAUCGACUCUCUUCCCAUUAGCAACAGCGAUUAUCUUUCUUUCCUUUCAUCCACUGGCGCCCUAGACAACCUGAAAUGCGAGACAGCCCCGGCUUCUUGGGUCAACACAAGUCAGACCGACACUCCUGAAUGGAAGAUCCGCACAUUUUACGGCCCAGUUGGUUUCGAUGUGGGUGGCAGUUGGCCCUUGAUGGCUAGCAAGCUUGAGUUAGACGGCUUUGCAAAAUGGAAGGGUGGGAGGUUGCCGACCGAGGCUGAGUUGAGAAAGCUGUGGGAAAGUGAAGAGGGACCAAGAGUGAAUGGGGCAGUGAAUAACGUUGGAGUCAAGAACUGGCAUCCUGUACCCCCUACCAACACAUACAUCGACAACGCCGGAAAUGUCAUCCAUGGACACAAUGGCGGUGUGUGGGAAUGGACCGACACGCCUUUCGAUGGGUAUGAAGGGUUCCUCACUUCACAGCUCUACCCAGGUUACUCUUCCGAUUUUUUUGAUGGGAAGCACUUCGUUGUGCUUGGUGGUUCUUACGCCACUAUCCCCCAAAUCGCUGGACGCAAGAGCUUCCGAAAUUGGUAUCAGUCCAACUACAAGUACUCCUUUGUAGGAGGCCGAGUAGCCUAUGACGCCUAGGUCAUGUUUCAGAGUAAAUCUACUAUAGCGAAAUAUAGAACUAUUGUAAUCCAGAACAAUGAGAAAAAAGCAAAUAUUAAGAGCAGCAUUUGUAGCACUUGAAGUAGCUUCAUGUAUACACGGCCUCGAGAAGUUAAACAACCAAUUAUGAUGAAUCAAUUCACAUGAAUGCUUGAUAACCUAUUAUGCAUAAGUACUACCAAUGGAGUGUUGUCUUAUACUGCAAUCUGCUUUACUUGGACAAACGAUUACUAAAAAAGAUAUUUUCGAUAUCUUGCGUAACACAGCGGAUCGACGUAUUCCCCUAUUUCUUUGUACAUCAUGCCAGGAGAC